AUGCGUACGAACAUUUUGGAGACGAAGGGAAUUGGCGACACCGAUGGUCGGGGUGUGUUCAGCUGCCGGCCCUUUGAAAAAGGAGAUUUCCUCUUUGAGUACAGAGGGGAAGUCAUUACUAAAAAGGAACAAGAAAACCGAGAGAGAAUUUACCAUAACGCACUCAAAGUUUUUAUGUUUGAUUUUCAGUUCAAUGGACAACAGUUAUGUGUGGAUGCUGCCAGAGAGGACGGAUCACUAGGGAGACUGGUAAAUGACGACGAAGUGAACCCAAACAGCAAAAUUAAAGUUACAAGAGUGGAUGGAAGACCCCAUCUGUGUUUAUUCGCACUCAAAGAUAUUGGUUCAGGGGAAGAAAUCACUUAUAACUAUGGUAAUUCGGAUUGGCCAUGGAGAAGCAAGACUUCCAAAGAGAUGCCGUGUCAGGCUGCUGAUGUGGACAAAUGCAGUUCCUUUGCAGUCAUUGCAAAGGUAAUUUUGAACUUCAGUGACUUUACUGUAGAUGUAUGAACUCAUGAGAAUGAUAUUAAGUCUUGUGUAAUCCUCAAAUUGACAAGUCAAGGAGGACUGAGUAAAUUCAUUUGAGUCUUCUGAAGGUCUUUAUUCUUUGUGUUUUUUUGUGUGUGUUUUUUGCUUGAUCUAUCACAAUAUUUCUUCUAUCAGUUUUUUGAAAUGUGAUUGUUGUGACCCCCUAAAAAACUGCCCCACACAGUUGUGGUGUGAAAUCUUUUCCUAUCUGUAUAACAAUAUUCUUGGUGGACUGGCACCAAAUGUUCCUGGUUCUAUACAAUGCCUUUCUAUAAGUCCCCAGUGAGUGUACCUUUGUUUUGUUUUGUAACAUUUAUCAUACUGUGUACUGUUGAAAGGUGACAGAGAAUGAAAAAAACGUUUUUGCCUUGUCUUAGUUGAAUAACAGUAGUCUACCCGC